AUGGUUCAAAGACAACAAUAUCAAAGAGAGCAUGGCCAAGGGGCUAGGAGGAAUUUUGUUUUCGAGCCCUCUGUCAAUCAGACUGUUCAUACGGGAGGUAGACCCCAAGUUGUUCCUUCCGGGGCCAUGCCCGCCCAACCGAAUAUGCGAACUCAUGAUAGAGGCAUCCAGAGAAAUAUGAGAAGGAUAGAUCCUAUUCCAAUGACAUACUCAGAAUUAUUCCCACAAUUGAUGGAGAGGAACUUAGUUUCAGUCAUUCCUGGAACGGUCGUUACGGCACCUUUACCACAAUGGUAUGACCCCGAAGCCAAGUGUGCAUAUCACGCUAACACUCCCGGGCACACUAUUGAACGUUGUUGGGCAUUCAAAAAUAAGGUUCAAACACUAAGAGAAGCCGGAUGGCUAGAAUUUGAUGAUAAACAACCAGGAAUUCAAGGGAACCCUUUGCCCAAUCAUGGGGGUAACAAUGUCGGAAUGAUAGAAGAAGGGACGAAUGAGGUAGAUUUUGAACAAAUGUCUUUAGAUUGGGUGUUCAAUGAACUUAUUGCGGCAGGUCGGAUAGGGCAAGAGGCUGUUUGCCCCACUAAUGCACUUUGUUUAUGUCAGAGUAAAGAUGGAAGAUCUGUGAAAAAGUGUGUAACUUCUAGAAUGUUUUUGCAAAAGAUGGUGGAUAACAAGUUUAUAGAGUUUGGUUGUACCCGCAAAAGUGGAGAGAUUGCAGUCAUUGGGGAAAACGGGCCGGUAUAUCAUCAUUGCACUAAUCAACCAUUCAUACCUACCAUGAACAAGGCUCUUCCCACACAGGAAGCGCCAGCUCGCUUGGUGAUCUCUACUCCUAGGCCAUUCCCAUACAAGAGUAACCAAGCAGUACCCUGGAAAUAUGAAUGUGAAGCGUAUGUCGAAGGAAGCACCAACAAUAUAGCAGGGGUGAAAGGGAUAACUCGAAGUGGUAGGGUGUAUAUGCCAGAUUCUUCUAAAACAAAUCGACAGAAUGUUGGGGAACCGGACAGGGCAGUGAAAAGUCCAAUAUCUAAUGGAGAGGCCGAAGAAUUCCUGAAGAUAAUAAAGCAUAGCGAGUACAACAUCGUGGACCAACUAAAGAAAAUGCCGGCUCACAUAUCUAUUUUGUCGCUUCUACUAAAUUCAGAAACCCAUCGGGAGGCGUUACUUAAAGUCCUGAAUCAAGCCUACAUUCCCCAAGAUAUCAGCGUUGAUAAAUUCAAUCAUGUGAUCGGAAGUCUAGCAGCCUCCAAUUACAUCACUUUUACUGAUGAAGAAAUUCCGCCAGAAGGCCAGGGGCACAACAAGGCGUUGCAUAUAUCCACCAAAUGUAAGGAUCAUAUGAUGUCUCGAGUCCUGAUAGAUAAUGGAUCAUCCCUCAAUGUUAUGCCAAUGACUAUACUGCAAAGGUUACCCAUUGACCCUUCUUAUGUGACACCAAACAAUUUGGUGGUGCGUCCCUUCGAUGGGACACGAAGAGAGUCAGUAGGGUCGCUUGACAUCCCUAUUCAGAUUGGACCCGUAACCUUCAAUAUCACUUUUCAAGUCAUGGAUAUUACGCCUUCAUACAGUUGUCUCUUGGGAAGACCUUGGAUACAUAAUACUGGGGCAGUUCCCUCCUCUUUGCAUCAGCGAGUGAAAUUUAUAGUAGGGGAUAAACUGGUAUGUGUUUAUGGAGAAACCGAUAUAAUGGUUACUAAACCUUCUUCCACUCCCUAUGUGGAAGCAGCUGAAGAAGCCCAUGAAGAUUCAUUUCGAGCAUUUGAGAUCAUCAACGUCAUUACUAUAAUAGAGGGAUCUUUUAUCCCUCAACCUCGGAUCUCUUCUUCCACACGCAUGGUGGCCGCUAAAAUGAUUAAAUCAAGGUUUUGCCCGGGAAAAGGGUUGGGGAAGUAUCUUCAGGGCAUCGCAAUGCCAUUGUUACCAGAAGGCAUGAAUGAGAGAUACGGCAUCGGAUAUACUCCUACUUUAGCUGACCAUAAGAAGAAGGCAGAAGAGAAAAGAAUAAUCCGAAUCGAGAGGCGCACAGGAAGAGUAAGUACCAAGUGGGGGGUAGAAGUCCCGCCAAUGAAUCAGACCUUUCGAAAGGGCAAUCAAGUCACUCUUGAGGAAGAAAUGAAACAGAUGAGCAUAUUGGCCUUAGAAUCAGGGGACCACAUGAAUGACUCGAGUAGAUGGAUCUACCCAUUGACAGGAGCAGAAAUUCAGAACUGGACAUCUUUUGAUUACCCAAUUCACUUCAUGUAA